AGAAAGCUGAAUACUUUCGCAUACGCUCGUGCACUCGGGAAAUGUUGCUUAAAGUGAUUUCUUUAAAAAAUCGUGUUUUCUACAUUAAUAAUCGUGAAAUAUGCUGUUUUAGUUGAUUUUGUUUUCAUGCAUCGUUGAAUACAAUAAAUAGUGUCGCUAAUAUAUUUGAUUGCCAACCUAAAAUCAAGAAAGAAGUUGUAGAUCAAUAUCCACAUCUUGUGUAAUUUACCGGUUCAUAGCGCUCGUGUAAUUUGAGAAAAAAGUAUUAACUUUGUUUUUGUAAUUUUGAGCAAGUGAUUAGUCAAUGUGAUGGAAUAAAGUGUAUUUUCAAGAACAUUGAAGCAUUCCUACAAGCAGACACAUUAACGUUUAGGUGGUCAACUUCUGCAACCGAGUAUGGCUUAUCACAAACCUAUCGAUAUUGAUGGGUUCAUCACACAAAUGGCCAAGGCCGAUAUGCGCAUAAAGGCUCAGUUGGCGGAAGAUUUAGUGUUGUAUUUGAACGAUGCCGAGAAUUCAAUAGAGUGCGUUGAUCUCGGAAUGCUGGUUGACGGACUGAUUCCGUGGAUGAUUGGCAGUCACUUCAAGAUUGCUCAACGUGCACUGGAAGCUUUCACGGAACUUGUAGUACGCCUUGGACCCGAUUUCAAUGCAUACACAUCUACAAUCCUACCGCAUGUCGUUGAUCGACUAGGGGAUAGCAGGGAUACAGUUCGAGAAAAGGCACAACUUGUAUUGCACAAACUGAUGGAAUGUAGAGUUAUUCCUCCGCAAACAUUGUUAGACAAGCUAACUGUAUGUUUUAAACAUAAAAAUGCUAAGGUCAGAGAAGAAUUCUUGCAGACCAUUAUCAACGCUCUAAACGAGUACGGCACACAGUCACUUUCGGUAAAAUUGUAUAUACAGCCUAUCGUGACACUAUUAGGUGACCCAACUCCAACAGUAAGAGAUGCAGCAAUACAGACUCUCGUUGAGAUUUAUAAACAUGUCGGUGAUAGGCUCAGAAUUGACCUCCGGAAGAAAGAGGUGCCGGCAACUAAGUUCACUCUUUUAGAACAAAAAUUUGACGAAGCACGUAAUGAUGGUUUGCUUCUUCCGUCUGCAUUGAGUUCAGGAUUAUCCAAUGAUGAUGUUGAUACUGCAGUUAUUGCCCGGCCAACAAAGUUAGUCAAACGGACGCCUUCUGCGACACCAAGAAAACCAUUAUUCGAUACACAAGGCUCGGGGGACCUGUUGGCAGUAGGAGCAGUUUCGUCGGAUGUUUUUGAAAAUUGUUUUGAAAAUGUUCCACAGUUAACCAUUUUCUCCCAACGUGAUAUGGAUGAGCAUAUGAAAAACAUCAACACACUUAUAGGAGAUAAAAAUGUUGACUGGGAAAAACGCGUUGACGCAUUGAAGAAAAUACGAUCCCUUCUUAUGAUCAAUGUACAAAACUCUCCGACAUUCACGCAACAGUUAAAAGACUUAUCAAUUGCAUUCCUGGAUAUUCUCAAAGAAUUGAGGUCUCAAGUCGUUCGGGAAGGUUGCAUUACAUUGGCAUACAUGUGUAAAAUAUUGAAAAAUAGAAUGGACCAAUUCACUUCUUAUAUAAUGCAAGAAUUAAUAAACUUGAUUCAAAACUCAGCAAAAGUAAUUUCUUCGUCUGGAACAAUUGCAUUAAAAUAUGUCAUCAGAUAUACACAUGCUCCAAAAAUAGUGCCAAUUAUAACUCAGAAUCUCAUGCAAUCAAAAUCAAAAGAUAUACGUAGUACAUUAUGUGAAAUAAUGGUUCUUUUAUUCGAUGAAUGGCCGACAAAAGCUCUUGAAAAAAAUAGCACCACCUUAAAAGACGCUCUUCGUAAAGGAAUCGCAGAUGCUGACAGCGAAGCUAGGCGACACAGCCGAUGCGCCUUUUGGAGUUUUCGGAGACAUUUUCCUGAUCUAGCUGACAACCUCUAUUCAUCUUUAGACAUGGCAACUCAGCGAAUGAUGGAGAAGGACCGAGAUAAUAUUGGAAUUAAUGGUACCAACUCAUUAAGUGUCAGUCUGCGAGGCAGUAAUAGUAGCUUGAAUUCUGUGCCUGGUGGGGUGAUAAAACGUAGACAGUCUUCAGGGCUUAAAAGUCCAGCAUCCGCUCAAUCAGUAAAUGCUACGAGUGUGAGUACUGAAAAUUUAGCAUCUUCUAAUGGUUCUUCUUCGCGAUUACAAAGAACACCGUCUUUACCCAGGACAUAUUCACGAAAUCGAAGUGGUAUUCCAGUUGCAUAUCGAGAACAACCCGCAACAACAUUACGAGCCGGAUUACGAAGUGUUUCCGCCGUUGAUACCGCGGCUGCCCAAAGAGCUCGUGCAAGAGUACAAUACUCAAAUAUGGCUCGUAUGAAAAUCUCAUCGGGAUCAGCUUCUAUUCAAGGACAGUUCGCGCAGCAAGCACGAGUGAAGAAAGUUCCACUAACAACCGCCACACCUCAACAGCCACCUACACCUGAAAGGAGGAUACGGUCAAGAUCUGGUGUCUCUCAAUCUCAACCAACAUCCAGAAGCACCUCUCCAUCGAGUAAACUCCGAGAAAAUUUUGGUAUUUCAUCGAUUUAUAAACAAACUGGUACUGUACCUAAGAAAGCAACCGGCAUCCCGCGAUCUUUAGCAAGUUCUCGAGAAACAAGUCCUACUAGAACGUCCCAAUUCGGAUCUCUAAGACGGAAUGUUUAUGGCACCAAUAGCCCAAGAAGACCUCCGGUUAACCCGGGCCGACCAAUUUUAGCCCAGAAAAUACUUCAACAAAGUAGAGAAGCUGAAAAUGCUUUAGCAGAUGCACUUUCUCCAGAUGAACAAGAUAUUUCAGCAGACUUUGGACGACUUGGAAUUCACCGCAAAAUUUCGAGAGACGAAUCAGAUGAUAGCGAAGCAUCUUCAGUAUGUUCAGAAAGAAGUUUUGAUUCAUUUAGGAGAGGAAAUGACUCAUACUCUUGGAAUGGUUCACGAAAUCGUUUGGAUAGUUCACGUGCAAUUAUCGAAGAUAUUGAAACAAUUAUUCAGCUUUGUGCCUCUACACACUGGUCAGAACGUAAAGAUGGUUUAAUCAAUUUGACACAAUAUCUGAGCGAUGGCAAAAUGCUUACUCCACAACAAUUACAAUGUGUUUUGGACCUUUUUCGAAAGAUGUUUAUGGAUCCGCAUAUUAAAGUAUAUGCUCUGUUUUUGGACACCGUCAAUGAGCUUAUUCUCUCGCAUUCAAACGACUUGCACGAUUGGUUGUUUAUUCUUCUAACGCGUUUAUUUCAAAAACUAGGUGGAGACUUGCUUGGAUCAAUGCAUGGUAAAAUAUGGAAAACUUUGCAACUUAUUUAUGAGUAUUUCCCAGCAGAUUUGCAAAUGCAAUGUGUAUUUAGGAUACUUAUUGAUGCCGCACAAACACCCAACACAAAAACACGCCAAGCGACUUUGAAAUUCUUAACAACACUGGCAACAACAUAUUGUACUGCCGCCCAAUUUGUAGUUCAUAGCCAAUCUCAACAACUUGUUGAUAGAGCUAUACUAAAAAUCAUCCAAACAGCAUUAGAUCAAAAAAGUUUUGAGUUGAAAUCUCAAGCGCGUUCCUGCAUUGUUGCAUUAUACAACUGUAAUCCGUCUCAGAUUACCAUGAUACUAGCGAAUCUACCUAAACAAUACCAAGACACAGCAAAAGCUAUAAUUCAACAUCAUAUGAGACGAAGUACCUCAGGAACUGAUAGUCCUUCAUCGCCAUUAUCGUCUUCAAGUCCCAAACCAUUGCUAAGUCCUCAACAAGGACCGUUUAGUUUACAGAAUACUCCUACUCCAAGAUCACGACAAACGUCUAUAGAUGUGACGGAUUCAAUGAAUUCAGAAGAAGUUUAUAAAAACUUGCGUAAAACUACAGCAGAAAUACAAAACUAUACUUUUGAAGCUAAGUUGGACAGAGAUGCAAAUAGCAAAGAUUCGGGAAUCAGUCAAAUGGGUGAACAGAUGAUGCAGAUUGUAGACAAUAGAUCUUCGAUGGCUUCAAAUGGUCUAAAUGGACAUAUCAUUUCCGAUAAAGAUGAUUCUUGUAAUGGGUCGAAAACACAAUCAGCUACAACUACAGAGUCAAAUACACCCGAGAAUACAGUUCGUUUGGACGGUAUUGAUAUCGGUCUUCACAAAUCAGUAACCCAACAGCAACGUCAUCAUAGUUACACGCUCACGGAAACUGGUGAAGUUAUAUUAGAAUCCGGCAUAAAAGAAAAUGACAUCAUACGAUCAGCAAUCAUGUUAUCACAUGACUCAAGUUCCGAAACGAGUGUGCAAGUCUUGGAGAACUUGCAGACUUGCAUCAAGUAUGGAAACUGUGCAUUGCCUGCCAAAAACUUCAAAGCUAUUAUGAAAAUGCUUUUGAAUUUGAUGGAAUCGCAGAAUAAUGCAGUUUUGAUCGCCGCUUUGCAUACUCUUGGUCGAAUAGUGCGAAGUUCACAAAUGAAAACAUGUUGGGGCAAUUUUCUCGAGUUGAUACUUCUUAAAAUAAUUGAUUGUUAUAAAAUUAGUAAAGAGGUUUCGCGAGAAAUCGACAUUAUAGUUGUCAAAAUAGCGAAUGUUCUACCACUGGAUGUAUCAGUAAACAUUCUGAAUCCAGUUAUAGCGACAGGAGAUUUCCCCGCCAAUCUGUGCGCGCUUAAAAUUCUAACAGAACUGGCACAUAAACAAGGAAAAGAUUUUACGGAUAAUCAUCUAGACAAUAUCAUGCCAAAUAUUGCCAGGCUCGCUGACGAUGGUCAAUCAAUGGUUCGGAAAGCAGCGGUAUUUUGCAUGGUUAAGUUGUAUAUAGUUAUGGGGGAAGACAAGGUUAAACCGAAAUUUGCGCUACUAAAUGCAAGUAAAAUAAGAUUGCUGAAUGUUUAUAUUUCAAAAGCCUUGGCCACAACCAAUAAAGGGUCUACAUCAUGAUCGAAACAUGCCAUGUGAUUGUUAUUUAAAGGACGAAAAUUUGCUAAAUUACUGUGUAAAUUUGGUAGAACUAUAUCAGUUAUCCAUGAAUAAUAUUUAUUAGUCAUCGCAUCUCACCUUGAAUUGGCUCGUAUUAUUUUGUUGGGUUCUUAAUCAUUAUCCUGCUACUAAAAUGUAAAUUUUAACUAAGCUUCCAAUACUAAUGAUUAUUGUAAUAUCGCAGUUAAAAUUAACACGAACACUGAAGGAAGUAGUUAUGUGAAAUUGAUAAAAACUAUUGCAAAUCUUAAAUAUUACAACUUUAUACAGUUUUAGUUGACAAAAUAAUAAGAAAAAAUAAAAUAUAGCAGCAUUGUGGUGUAUCGUUUGAGCAUAUGUUUCUAGUUAUUUUUAAAGAGUAGAUAAUCAUUAUUUGAGAGUAGGUAAUCAUUAUUUGAGCUUUCCGCGCCGGUAUCGAGCAGUUUAAAAAUUAUCAGUAUGUAUACUUUCAAAUAUUACGAUUGAUGUGCUUCAAUAGAAUAUUCAAUUGACAUUCUCGACAUUUACACUCUAUUUUAAUUUUUUUUUAAACUGAUUAUGAUUAAAAACUUUUUCUUUACUAUCAUUAUAUCCAUUUGCUAAUGUCAGGAGCCGGAUUUUGUAACGCUUUUAUAGUAAGUUUCGUGGAUUUUCACACAGUAAAAGUAAAUACAAAAUAAAAAAACGUUCUUGCGGCUACCCGGCAUUUCUAGUCGCUUAAUAUAAGGAAUUAAUCAUUAUCCUGAUGAAUAAAUAAAAUAUUAACAUUCAAGUUAUAACGAUA